GUUCCACCCCCUCUGUCGUCACGCUCUGGUACAGGCGCGCUCAGUGAGAUUUGGCGCUAGUGUGUUGCCUUGAGGGGAAUAACUUUUUAAUGUCUUUUGACUUUUUAGUGAUUUUGUUUUACAUAUCGUGAUUAGCAUUUUAUGGAUAAUAAUGUCGGAUGAAGAACCGAAGGUCCCGGAGGAUCUCUUUAAAGAUGUUAAAUUUUACGUGGUCGGGGACAUUGACCAAAAGGUUGUCCAGCUGCUGAAAGCAGGGAAAGGCAAGGAGGUCUCAUACAAUGCCUUGGCUACACACAUUAUAGCAGAGGAUGGAGAUAACCCAGAGGUUGGGGAGUCACGAGAGGUCUUUGACCUUCCAGUUGUCAAGCCGUCUUGGGUGACUUUGUCUGUCAGAUGUGGAGACCUGCUACCAGUUACCGGUUUCUCCCCAGAGUCAGGACAAAUAUUCUUCGGUGUCACGGCAUGUCUACCUAAACUACCAGAAGAUCUGAACACUCUUUGGGCCUUGAUCACUUUUUAUGGUGGUGACUGUCAACUCAACCUAAACAAGAAAUGUACUCACCUGAUUGUUCCAGAGCCAAAAGGGGAAAAGUAUGAGGUUGCCCUGAAGCACAGCAGCAUCAAAAUCGUCACGCCGGAGUGGAUCACACACUCCGCAUUGGACAAGAGUAGGAAGGACGAGGCUCUGUACCACCCCCGGCUGACCUACCAGGAGGAGGAUGAGGAGAGCGAGUAUGAGUCGCGCUCUGAGGGCAGCUACAGCCCUCCAGGCCGCAGGCGCCCAGGCCCCAGGUCCCGGAGAUCCAGCCCCUCAUCAAGAGAUGACUCCCCUGCUAGUGGCCGAGGAGGGAUCUCGCCCAAAGCCGAGCGACGAGACGAACUCAUGUUUGAUGACUCGGAUGACUCUUCCACGGAGAAGGAGGAGCGGAACCUGAACUGGACCCCAGCGGAGAUGACCGGGCCGCCCCUGGGUCCCAAACGCAGACUGCAGCCAGUGAAGGACUCUGGCCUGAUCAACCUCUGUGCCAGUGUUCCCCCUGUGCCAGGCAGUGCAGGGCCAUCAGAAACCCGGGCUGCCCUAGUACCCAGUGCUGCCCAGCCGGGGGCAGAGAGGACAGAGGGCAUGGCAGGCUGGAGCCCAGCGGCCAGGACACUACGGAACAUCACCAACAACUCUGACAUCCAGCAGACCACAAGGCCCCCCAACGUUGCACAUAUCCUACAGAGUCUCUCUGCCUCAACGAAGACAUUAGAGCAGCAGCAGCAAACGAACCAGGGCCAGCCCAACGCCCAACCCAACCCGCUCCUGUUCAACCAAGCGAAGCCCCAAGGUCAGCAGCAGCUCACAGCCGAAGCACAGCAGCAGUUGCUGCAGCAGCAGUCUCAUCAGGUCCCCCAACAACAACAACAGCCACAACAACAACAGCCACAACAACAACACCCACCUCAGCAGCAGCUGCCACAGCAGCAGCACCCCAUGCUGCAGCAUCUCCCACCACAGCAACUCAUGCAGUUGCACCACCAGCAGCAGCAGCAGCAGCAGCAGCAACAACAACAGCAGCAGCAGCAGCCACAGGUUCCUCAGCCAGGUUUCCCUCCUCAGUUGCCACAACAACAAGCACAUCAGUUCAUCCAGCAGCAGCCACAGCAACAGCAGAUCCACCAACAACAGAUCUUCACCCAGCAACAACAACAACAACCACAACAUGCAUUCUCGCAGCAACAACUGCGACCGCAGCAGCUCCUGCGGUCACCAAUGCAGCAGCAGCAGCAGCUCCAGCAGCAGCAGCAUGCUUUACAACAGCAGCUACAGCAGUUCCAGCAGCACAGGCUCCAGCAACAGCUGCAGCAGCAACAGCAGCAGCAGCAACAGCAGCAGAACCAGCAGCAACAGCAACUCCAUCAACAACACCUCCAACAGCAGCAGCAGCAGCAUUUCCUGCAGCAACAGAUGCAGCAGCAGCACAUGCAGCAGCUCCAGCAACAACAGCAGCAGCAGCAGCAUCUGAAGAGCCAGCAGCAGUCGAUGCAGCAGCAUCCAAGCCAGCAGCCACUCCAGCAGCCGCAGCAGCAGCAAGGGUCACUACAGCCUCAGCUCCAGCCGCCUCAAGUGCACCAGCUGUUUGGCCACGAGCCAGGACAGGAGAUUCCUGAAGAUGGCUUCUUGGUGGGCUGUGUGUUUGCUGUUGCUGACUACCCAGAGCAGAUGGCAGACAAGCAGCUCCUUGCCACGUGGAAGAGAAUUAUCCAGGCCUAUGGUGGAAUUGUGGACUCCUCUCUCAACAACCGCUGCACUCACCUGCUCUGUGAAACUCAAGUUAGCAGCAUGUAUGUCCAGGCCCUACGGGAGGGGAGACGCUGUGUCACUGCCCACUGGUUGAACACAAUCCUGAAAAAAAAGAAGAUGGUUCCUCCCCACAGAACCCUACACCUCCCCUUCGCCUUCCCACCUGGAGCGAAGCCCUGCUCACAACACAUCAUCUCUGUGACUGGCUUUGUGGACUCAGACCGUGAUGACCUGAAGCUAAUGGCCUAUCUGGCAGGAGCCAGAUACACAGGCUACCUCUGUCGUAGCAACACCGUGCUCAUCUGUAAAGAGCCCAGUGGUCUGAAGUAUGAGAAGGCCAAGGAGUGGAGGAUCCCCUGCGUCAAUGCCCAGUGGCUCUGUGACAUCCUCCUGGGGAACUUUGAGGCUCUCCGGCAGAUCCAGCACAGCAGAUACUCCAACUUCAACCUGCAGGAACCACUCAUCCCCAACCAGCAUCUGGUUCAGAACCUACUGGGUGCUUGGCGGGCUCCUGUGAAGGUUUCACCUGAUGCGUUGGCAGCAUUGCAGCUGCAACAGAAGCAGAGACAGUCUGAGUCAAACUCCCAGCCUCCAAAUAAGAAGCCAAGACUUGAGGAGAUUCAAUCCCCAACCAAGAAGCUUCCACCAGAGUCGACACCGUACAUUUUCUUUACUGGCUUUGAGCCAACACAGGUCCAACAAUUCAUGAAGAGGCUGCACAACCUUGGAGGGGAGAUUGCAGAGAGCGCUCAGAAGUGCACCCAUCUGGUGGCCAACAAGGUGACGAGGACGGUGAAGUUUCUCACAGCCAUGUCAAUCGUCAAGCACAUCGUCACCCCUGAGUGGUUAGAAGAGAGCUGGAAGAGCCAGAAGUUUGUCGAUGAGCAGAACUACAUGCUGAGAGAUGCAGAGGCAGAGGUGCUGUUUGGCUUCAGUCUGGAAGAGUCACUGAAGAGGGCCCACACUGCACCACUCUUCAAGGGCAAGUAUUUCUACAUUACCCCUGGGAUCUGUCCCAGCCUUAUCACUAUGAAAGCCAUUGUAGAGAGCGCAGGAGGCAAGGUGCUCCCCAAGCAGCCCUCCUUCCGCAAAAUAAUGGAGCACAAGCAGAACAAGAACCUUGCUGAGAUCAUCCUCAUAUCCUGUGAGAAUGAUCUUCAUCUCUGUAGAGAGUACUUCCUGAAGAACAUUGACAUUCACAAUGCUGAGUUUAUAUUGACUGGUGUAUUGACACAGAACAUGGAUUAUGAAUCAUAUAAAUUCACAUGAUGGCGAAGACAAGAAGGUGAAGAUGAGGAGGCAGCAAGGAAGGCUAAAAACAAGUUGCAAUGUACAGUCACACUACCCUUGAUAUUUUGCAAGAUUUUGUACACUGUGGAUAGAUAAUCGGUCGUUUUGUAGCUUUUUGUAACAACCGUUAAUAAUACAUACAUACAUUUAUGUUAUUUUUGUGGACUGAAUGUUUAAAUUAUGGAUUUUAACAUGUUUUAUUGUAUUGUCAAAAUGUUCCAGCAAUUAUUCAACACUUUUGGAAUAAAAUCAGAACUUUGUUGUCAAAAUGAA